UGCAGAUUCAAAAGGCGCUCCCGAUCUCCAUUAACGUUUCCAUGAAGAUCGAAUAAUAAUCUGCACUUUGUGAUCUGAAGGAAGAAGAAGAACGAUAAACGAAAUAAUUCCUCUUGAUUUUUCAUAACGGUAAGAUUUUUACGAGUUAACCGAGUCAAUACCUGAUCACACUCUUUAUCCACUUUCUGUCACUCGUGAACUCGAUCGAGUUCGCGAGUUGACUCUCGAAUUCGAUACCAUUCCUCAUUCUUCAACCCUAGAACCGUUAUAUUUCACUCUAUAAUCACCGGCAACGAACGAUCGAACGGGACAACUCCUUUUUUUUUCCUCUUCUUUUCUUUCUUUCGGAGGAGGAGGAGAAGGUACAAUCUCUGCCUUGAUACGGACACGGGAGAAUGGCUUUGGUUUGGUGUUCUAAUUGUUCACGAAGUGUUCCUACUCAUUUAUCUGAUAGUUUCGUAUGUUGCGUUGAGUGUGGAAAAGUUGUUGAACAGGAAGAUUUUUCAACUGAAGCUACUUUUGUAAAAAACUCCUCUGGACAGAGUCAAGUAGCUGGAACUAAUGUGAGGUCUGUCCAAGGAUAUUACUCAAAUUCACGUGUAAGGACGUUGGAUGAAGCUCGAGAACAUAUGAGGUUUUUGACAACAAACUUGAGAAUGGAUGAUGAUGACAUGAUAAUUGGUCCGGCUAUUGUAUUCUAUACGAUUGCUCUAGAGAGGAAUUUCACAAAGGGACGAAGAAAAGAUGUAGUAUGUGCUGCUUGUCUUUAUAUUGCUUGUCGGGAGAAGAAAAAGCCGUAUCUCCUUAUUGACUUUUCAGAUGAAUUAAGGACCAAUGUUUACGUGCUAGGCGCUGUUUUUUUGCAACUCUGCAAACUUCUAAGUCUAGAAGAGCACCCCAUUGUUCAAAAACCUUUAGAUCCCAGCCUCUUCAUUCAUAGAUAUUGCGAGCGUUUGUUGGGUGGAAGGAACUUUGAAGUUUCAAGAACUGCACUUCGUAUUGUUGCUAGCAUGAAGAGAGACUGGAUUCAGACUGGAAGAAAGCCCAGUGGAUUGUGUGGUGCUGCACUUUACAUCUCUGCUCUUUCAUACGGACUCAAGUGUUCAAAAUCAGAAGUUGUGAGGGUUGUCCAUAUAUGCGAAAGUACACUAACAAAGAGAUUAAUUGAGUUCGAGAAUACAGAGUCAGGAGGAUUAACGAUUGAGGAGUUCAAUACAAAAGCCAAGGAACUUGAAGCAUUGACGGAUUUGAGAAAAGAACCAAAGGAAGAAUCCUCCAUGAAUGAACUACUUUGUGAACACAAGAAGGAUGGACUACCUCAUCAUGCUCAUGGAUUAUGCAAAAACUGUUAUGAUGAUUUCCAAAAACUUUCAGGAGGAUUAGAUGGAGGGACAAAUCCUCCAGCAUUUCAGCGUGCUAGAGAAAGAGAAAGACUGCAAAUGGAGUCCGAUAAAAUUGAUGAUGAAUCAUCCGAAUGUUUUGGGCAUGACGAGUCUACAGGACAUGAAACUGGUCCUAGUCAGAAAUAUGAUGGGAUUACAGAAGAUUGUGAAGACCCAGAAACACUUUCUGAUAUUGAUGAUGCCGAGGUUGAUGGUUACCUUCAUAACGAGGAGGAGACGCACUUUAAAAAGAUUAUUUGGGAAGAAAUGAAUAAGGAAUACCUUCAGGAACAAGCUGACAAGGAAGCAAUUGCAGCUGCUGAACAAAGAAUUCGUGAUGCCAACUUAAGCAACUGUCCUGAGGAGGUUCAAGCUACAUGUAGGCUUGUUGCUGAACUGAAAGCUAAGAAGGAAAAAACACGGAGGCAAACCACAGAUGCAAAGCGUCCAACAGCUCCACCACAAUCUGCUGUAGAGGCCACUAAACAAAUGUUAACAAAAAAGAGGCUUAGUUCAAAAAUCAACUAUGACGCAUUGGAUAAACUUUUCGAUGAACCGGUUUACGAUGAUAAACCUAAAAGAAGUCGAAAUGAUACCGGAUAUGAGAAUAAUGAAUCUAAGGAGGAUGCUUUCGAAGAGAAAGAUAUCGAAGAAGAGGGUGGAAUUGCAUAUGAAAAUGAUGAACAAGGCUUUGAAGGAAAUGUAGAUUUUUAUGAUGAUGAUGAUUAAGAGUGAUGAUAAUUUAAGGGCUUUGAUUCUCUCUUAUAUUAUAUAUAUUCACACCCGUACAAUAAAACCUAGACUCAUGUUAUUACCAAAUAAACUUAUAUUAUUAUUUAUUAAUUAUUAUUGCAUAUAUAGAAAUGUGAUUGAUUGUU